AUGGAGCAAGCAGGCACUUCUUCACAUUCUCAUGGAGAAGAGCGCAAUACUCAUUCUAAGUCAGCGUCUUUCGGUCUGUACUUAUCACAGCAGAAUUCCAAAAAGUUAUGGCAAACUUGCACCGCCCCCCCCCCUAGCCUGCGUUUACCCCACCGAAAUGAUUUGGCCGAUAUGAAUAACGAACAGGCCGAUAUGAAAUACUCAACGAUCCGAUAUGGCGGUCACAUGGCCGAGAUGAAGGCGACCUAUAUGGGGUUGACAGACAAGAAGGGGCACCGAGAAGACGACCAUAGUCCAGGACGGCCCUAUGAGGGUCCAUGGACCAGACCAUAUGGGCCGUCCUGGACACGUCGUUCAAGCCCUUGGAUGCCAAGACGGUGGACUGGCACGACAACGCGCAUGAAUGACGUCGCAGUCCAUCUAUCGGGCGGCAUAUCGGAUGUCCAAGACACUUGA